AUGGAGUUACAUUCCGUGUUCGAGACCAAAGAAACACCAGUAGCGUCGACUGAACCACCGUCACCACCACAACCACCCAUGUCCUCCUCCGUUCCCUCUUCGAAGCCUCAUCCUCUCAGAAGCUUCGUUUUGUCCAACCUUAAGUGGCCUCUUGAAUAUCCCUCCUCCACCACAGCCGCCAAUGACCACCGCUACCACUUCUGCAACGUACUUUCCGAGUCGACUCCCGACUCGGAGCCCCAUGCGAAUGAUCCUCCCGCGGUCAAUGAAGAUCAUACUUCCCUGGCGGUCCGUAAACUCGACGAUGCGACUCUGUUUCCUGGCUCGGAACCUCAGCUCGCUCAUCCGCUGAAGUCCGAUCACCACUUGCUCGGUAAACUAGCCGGUUCGACUAGCACGCGUUCUAAAUCCCGGUGUCGAAAUGAUCCGGGGGCUGACGUGACGAAUGGCCUCUCCUUCGUCGGUUCUUCUGAGCGCUUGAUCGUAAAGGAAGCGAAGAAAAUUCCGGAGAAGAAACCUGCGAAGUCUAUCCGUGUGCUGCUGAAACCGGGUGAUAAAUCAAAGGUACCUGACCCGAAGCCAAAGAUCUACCUUCGUAUUUCAACCAAGAACAAGUCAACUGCUGAUGGUGCCGCAAAAGCAACGGAGCAAACCUCACCGGUCGCCGCCGAAGUCAAAGAACUGCCGCCGAAGCCGUGGAAUCUGCGCCCUAGAAAACCGUCGCCUAAGAGUCUCCACGGCGAUGGAGUCGGAGUAUCAUCAAGAGCUGGGGGAGCAUCGGCUUGGGCACGAAAAGGAACGAACUCGAAAGUUUCGGAGGAAAUACCAAGACUUUCUAUCGCGCUGUCGAAGGAAGAGAUCGAAGAGGAUAUCCUCAUGCUCACUGGGUCCAAGCCUGCCAGGAGACCCAAGAAGCGUGCGAAAACCGUUCAGAAACAGCUCGACAGUGUUUUUCCGGGAUUGGGGCUGAGUUCGAUUACGCCGGAGUCAUACAACGUCAACGUUGCUCCUGGGAAGGGUAAUUGA